AUGGGUAACUGCCACGGCGGGCGGCUUAUGACCAAAAACGGCCUGCUGAGAAAUCCGAGGUACGCACCGGAGACGCGGUACCAACGCGCCACCUCAUUGGCUGAGAGCGAUGGAGCCCUACCGUUGGCCGGUCGAUGGGUGGGUCUCAGCAUCAUCGCCGCGGGGCCAAUUGAGCUCACUUCGUACGUUCGUAUGCAUUUACCUUACCUUACUCCGUAUGCUUCCUUCCAAUGGGCUCUGUCUCCGAUACCAUGUUUUGGACAGCCCAUGUCUCUACGCAACGAUGCGCAUGAGCAAAUCCGGGGACCUAUGCUCGAGCAAUGCGUUGCGAAAGCAAGGCACGAGUCUUCUGUCAUCACAACCAUCGUUGUUGUUUUCCAACUUCUGUAUUGUUUGCGCCAAAUACUACCUGACUAUCCUCCCAGACCAAUCUUCUACAGCGAGACGCCGUUCGUCACCCGUUUCGAUAAUCUCUCCCCUUUUCCAAGCUCGACACUCCCUUUAUCAACGGCUUCUUACGAAAAUCCUUUGUCCAUUGUGCUACUGAAACCUGCAACGUCUACCAUUAGCUUGGCUCCCGCUCGAGAACACAAAGGCAGCCGACCCACGUUGGCCUCUAGAACGUUGGGCGACUCCCUCGCCUGUCGUUGUCCUCUCCUCCGGUCUUUCAGCUCUGCAAUCCAGCCUAUCCAGAAGAAGCCACGACCGAAACCGAAACCCAUCGUACUCCGAGCUGUGAUAUCAGCACUUGCCACGGCACCUGUUGUGGCGAACGUGGUCCUUGGAGUUUGA